UCGUGCUCAGGGCUCACACUUUGUAAAGGCUCCUUUUCGACAGAACGUGGUUUUUGAAGUGGGGCAGGGAUGCUAAAGGAGUAGCACACCAGGGGGGCGCGGCACAAGACUGUUGAUAAUUGCAUCCCCCUGCCAACGUUGACUUUCUGUUUUCUCAAAGCACGAACCCUCCUGCGUCCUGCAGGUGGCUGCAGAUUAGCGACUUGACUGAGGGUUGGGCCAAGCAUUCAUUUGGAAGGGAUUGUUAGGCUUUCUUUGGUGGAACUUGUUAAGUACGUGAGCUUGUAGCCGCAGCCAUCUGGGAUGGGAACAUGGGGUAGUUUAUCAGGAGCCUUUAAUUCCGAAUUAUUGAUUCAAGCGUGAAGCCGUUUGUUGUGUUCUGGAGGCAGUGGCCUCGGGAAACUGUUGCUUCUCAGUACUGUGUUGGGCCGAGAACUGUGUUAGACUUUUCUGGAACGUCAUUUGUCAUGGAUGUUCUACGCCCACAGAUUGUAACGUUCGAUGGACGGAAUUAUAGAAAGAAUCCCAUCCAGGAGAAACAGUACCAACAUGAAGAAGACGAGGAUUUCUAUCCUGACUCCAUGGAAUACUCUGAUGAGCCCUGCGGUGCCUAUGAGGUGGCACAGACCCCUCACGGAUUCCGGGCCACCGUCAGUGCCCCUAGCCUGCUCUACAAGCACAUAGUUGGAAAGAGAGGGGAUACCAAGAAAAAGAUAGAAGUGGAGACUAAAACAUCUAUUAACAUUCCGAAGCAUGGGCAUGAAGGGGAAAUCGUGAUCACUGGUCAGCAUCGAAAUGGCGUGGUCUCAGCACGAACUCGGAUCGACGUGCUCCUGGACACGUUCAGGAGGAGGCAGCCUUUCACUCACUUCCUUUCCUUCUUCCUCAAUGAAGUUGAGGUUCAGGAACGGUUCCUGAUGUUCCAGGAGGAGGUGCUGAGGAACUGCUCCAAGGAUCGUGGAGUGGAUAGCACCAUUUUUCAGAAUCCCAAAAAGCUUCACCUAACUAUUGGGAUGUUGGUGCUUCUAAGUGAGCAGGAGAUCCAGCACACGUGUGAGAUCCUGCAGCGCUGUAAGGAGGAGUUCAUUAAUGACAUUUCUGGAGGUAGACCCCUGGAAGUUGAGAUGGCAGGGAUCGAAUACAUGAAUGACGAUCCUGCUAUGGUGGAUGUUCUUUAUGCCAAAGUCCACAUGAAAGAUGGCUCUAACAGGCUGCAGGAGCUGGUUGAUCGAGUGCUGGAGCGCUUUCAGUCCCUGGGACUCAUCGUGAAAGAGUGGACCAGUGUGAAACUGCACGCCACGGUCAUGAACACACUGCUCAGGAAAGACCCCAAUGCGGAAGGCAGGUACAAUCUCUACACAGCAGAUGGCAAAUAUAUCUUCAAGGAGAGAGAGUCUUUUGAUGGCCGGAACAUUUUAAAGACAUUUGAGAACUUCUACUUUGGUUCCCUGAGGCUCAAUUCUAUUCACAUCUCCCAGAGGUUCACGGUGGACAGCUUUGGAAACUAUGCCUCCUGCGGACAUGUUGACUUCUCCUGACGUGGGAGAGCAGCAGAGAACCGUGACUGACUGUGAACGUCGGGAGCCUGGCAGCGUGGCAGCAGCAGGCCCUUUGGCCUCCAGUUGACCGGCAGAGAAGGGUGCUCCAGCCCGUGCUCCUCCCUCCUGGCUCUCAUCCUCCCCCUCCUCCUUGGCUUCUGUCCUUCCCUCCUUACCCUCCACCCUCCUUUCUGUGAGUCUGCUCCUGAGCUCUGAGGUGCGGCCGACCACGGUGAUGCGGAGAGUUGCUUCUCUGAGAUGGCACAGACCGUCUGCAAAUAAAUGAGCUUCCCAGGUG